CUCUUAAGCGUCCAGCAUUCGCACUUCGGAAACGAAACGAAAGAAACCUCAGCGUUAGUUUGUUCAUUUCGAAAAGUCUCUCCUUCCCGUUGUCACGCGCUAAAAAUAUCUUUCUACGACCAUUGGAGGGUAUACCAUGCCGAAAGAAAAGAGGAAUUAGGUCGAGAAAAGUGAUUCAACGUUAUCCUGGAAUUGUCAUGGAAAGGCUAUCGAAAAUCGCAUGUUAUUUUCGUUGGUUGAGGAGUCCGCCUUCGCCACCACCACCACUACUACUACAACCACCAUCACCAUCGGUGCCAGUAACAACCGAAGCAGCACCAGCAGCAGUAGCAUCGUCAUUGUUGCCUUCCUGCGAUGUAACAAAGAUGAGCCUCGAGGCCGAUUCGACGAGGAAUUCGCCCGUCGUCGACGAAGAUUAUGACGACGAGUGUCGCAAUAAUAUUUGCGACAUCGAGGCUUUGAAGAGAUUCUGCGGGAUUUUGGAGAAUAUCCUUCUAUGGGAAAACUCUGUUAAUAGUAUAACAGUUGUGUUUGUGUUCAAUAUACUCUUUUGGGGGAUAGUUAUUCUAGAGAUCCGAGGCUUUGCAGUAGCCAGCAGUGCUGCGCUUGUCGUGGUUCUCUGUUAUAAAAAUCUGGAAGCACAGGCAUAUGAAGAAAACAAGAAAAAAUUAGUAUCACACACCAAGGCUGAACAAAUUGAAAAGAUAGGAAGAAAAAUAAAAUCCGUUUUGCAGAGCUUAAGACAACUACGGAAAGAUCAGCCAGGGACGUUUUGUACUGCUGUUUGUACUAUAUCCUUGGGCCUAUGGAUAAUUGGUCGUACUAUGAAUGGAGUAUUACUUGCUUAUAUAAUAUGUAUGAGCAUUCUACUAGUACCUGCAUUAUUACUAAAGCUACCUGGAAAAGUAAUAUCACAUAAAGAAUGGGAUAGUGAAGUGGAAGAAUUUUUACCAGUAGUCACUGAAGAUAAUCUUCAAGUGUUAAAAAGGGCAGGAGAAUCAGGUGACCAUUCUCCAACACCAUCAAGUUUGCAAUCAGAUAUACAAAAUGAUUUUUUUAAUGAUGACAAACUUGUAGAUUUAAGAAUGCCAUCUCACGAAGAUGAAAGUAUUGAUGAAGUUGAACUCUCAGAAUUGGAAUUUAGUGUCGAAGAGACAGGUAUAGGUGGCAUUAAGUUUCAAAGCAGACAUUUUGAGAAAGGUUCAUCCUCCGAAGAAGAAAUAGAUUUUAGACAUGAAAUGUUAAAUAAUAAGUUCAAUUUAAACGAUGAGAGUGAUAAUGAAUUUGAAAUAAUUGAUAGACAAGAAGUUGCAAAUAUAAAUAAUGCAUGAAGAUAUCUAGAAUUUGGAUAUACUUUUAAAACUGUGACAUACAUAAAAAAGAAAUGGGAUAAUACAAUUAUGUCUUAUAUAAAUAUUGGCUUGCUUCUUUUUUAUAGAAAUCGGAAAAAUAUUUUUGUUAUCAUUAACACGCUCACGAUUUGCAUGUAUUUUUAAAAAAUCAUUACAUAUGAAAAAAUUAUAGAUAAUUCUAGCAAAAUAUUACUAAAAAUCAUUAUUUUUAUGCUAUGUACAGAUACAACAAAGUAAAAUUUAGAAACUGUACAAUAAGGUGUAGAUGGAGACCCUUCUGUGAUCUAGACUUAACAAUCAAACGUUGAAUUGAUACAUACUCAGAUACAUUUUUUAGAUGUUAUAAAAAAAUAUUCAAAGAUAAAAUCGUAUGAUAUAAAGAAUAAAAACAGACGGAGGAUAUUAUAAAUUUGAAGUUAUUUUAAUUGAAGAUUAAUCAAUUUGUUUUAUAAUUUGGAAGGUAAAUUUAGCACAUUUUAUUUCACACAAAAAAUAAUUAUAACUAUAAAUUGUCCAACGAUACAUUUAUGAAUUAUGUAUCUCUUUGGAAGAAAAUUCUUUACAAUAUACAUUCUCUGAUAUGUAUUAAUAACAAUACAAGAAAGAAAACAUCUCUAUAAUAAUAGUAAACAAACCAAUUCAUGUAUUUAUAUAUAAUUAAUAUAUAUUUGUCACGGGUGAGCUCCAUAAAGCACGUAUCAUUGUUUUGUAAAUUACAAAUAUUGUUUUUUCGUAUCUAUAAAAAAUAAUAGUGCUAAAUAUUUAUCGAAGAGAGAAAUAAGUGAUUAAUCAGUUAACAAGUUUUCACAAUGUAUUUUAAUUUUCAAAAUAUAUUCAGGAAUGUAUUAGGUUACAAAACAUGAUAUAUCAUAAAAAAAAAAA